AUGACAUCCACUACAGUUGGUGCUCUUUACUCGCAGGUGUCGUUUCUGGACACUCUUUUCCCAGGACUGGGCGUUGCAUUGAGCUACAUCCAUCCCCUCACGUCCAGAAAAUCUCAUCUCGGCGCCCGCCUACUCUGCAUUUAUGGCUUGGUCACUUUCUUGAUGAGGUUUGCGCAUGGCCGUGUUGCUAGGAUCGUGGAGAAAUAUUUCACGUUUACUGUCGAGAUUCCCUAUACCGAUGAUUCGUACGACAUACUGAGAAACUGGGUGCAAUCUCAGCCGUUCGCCACAGAAACUCGAUCCAUGAUUGUGACUCUCGGAAAACGAGCCGAGCCUGGGAACGGAGCGACGAAGAACACAUUGCAGUACAGUCCAAAGAACUUACGCAAGACCUUUUUGUACAAAGGCAAGCUUGUUUACCUGCGCUCCGUCUCAGAAGAAGGGUACUUGCAUCGUGAACGGGUUUUCCUCUCCUGCAUGGGUACGUCGAACGGAAUUCUGAAAGAAUUUCUUCACGAUUGCCAGGUCACGCUGGAGAAACAAACGGAAAGCAAGACCGCAAUUUACAUGAACAGCGAUGACCGCUGGAAUCUCGCCACGCGGCGGGGUCAAAAGCGGAUAAAUACUGUCAUCCUUCCCGAGGACGUGAAGAACGGCUUCUUCGACGACAUUGCGAAGUUCCUUGACCCAGAGGCCGUAGCUUGCCGUGGCUACUUGCUGCAUGGCGAGCCCGGAACUGGCAGGCAAAACAAGCCUGAGCUUGGCAGGCAGCUGCUGGAAAGUUUGGCCUGGACCGAUGCUGGGUCAAGCACAAGCAGCAGCGUGACACUCUCUGCCCUUCUGAACGCCAUCGAUGGAGUAGGUUCCGUGGAGGGACGAAUUUUGAUCAUGACAACUAACCAUGCCAAUCGCCUCGACCCGGCUGUAACUCGACCAGGACGUGUGGACAAGAAGGUUGAGUUCGGCCUAGCAAGCCGAGAGAUGCUGCUGGAGCUAUUCCGAUACGUCUAUCUGCCCUUGUCUAGCAAGACCGAGAGAGUAGGAGACAAGGACGAAGGAGUCGUCAACAACCAGGUCGCUCAGGAUACCCAGAAGCAUAUCCAGGAGCUGGCAGCGAUGUUCGCUGAUCGUGUGCCUGCGAUGAAAUAUAGCCCGGCUCAGAUCUUAUCAUUUCUGAUUGCACACAGGCAUUCGCCUCGAGACGCAGUGGAAAAUGUUAGCUCCUGGGUUGAAGAGGGGGAAGGUUUCAUUCCUCUGAGGCGCCACACUUCUACGAUGAACACGAUGGAAGAAGAGCUGGACGUAGAUUGUUUCAGUGCAACGCUUGGUAUGGAGCUUGUGGAGAAUAGCCAGACGUAUACGGUGAUGAUAUAG